AUGUCGCUCUUCAGAGGCAGCUGCUUCGGCCAGGAAGGACGGGAAGGCGGGGCGGACCUGGCCACCAGUCCCCGGCGGCAGGUGUCGCAGGGGCUGGGCGCCGGCACGUCGGCGGGGGUGCGGCCCAAGGAGCCGCCGCCCAUGGUCGUGCAAGGAGACUUCAGGAAGGUGAGCGGGAUCUCGACGGAGAUCUUCCGGCAAAUUGAGACGGUAGAGAAUGACCACGACGCGACGACGGCGGCGGCCCUGGAGGCCGUGGAGCGGCGAGGGGAGAUGGUGGUGCGGUUCCUGGACCCCCGGCACCUGGGCCGGGCCGCGGCGGACGCUGCCAAGAGGUUCCUGGCCAUGCAGGACGCGAAGCACACGGUCCACCUGGUGGAGAUAGUGAAGCGGCCGGGGCAGACCCUGGGGCUGUACAUCCGCGAGGGCAACGGCCUGGACCGGUCCGACGGGGUGUUCAUCUCCCGCAUCGCGCUCGAGUCGGCGGUGUACAACAGCGGCUGCCUCAAGGUCGGGGACGAGAUCCUCGCGGUCAACCUGGUGGACGUGACGCACAUGAGCCUGGACGACGUCGUCAUCAUCAUGUCCAUCCCCCGGCGGCUGGUACUCGUCACCCGCCAGAGGAAGGCAGGGAAAGGGGGAGUCGCUUCCCCCCACCUGCAGCCCCGCUCGGAGCACAAGCCGCCGCCGGUCGUCGUCAUCAAGAAGGAACUGCGGGAAGACGACGACAUGGAGGACGUGGAGGACUCCUCCUCCAGGCGGCACGGAGGGGACGGACGGGAGAUGGUUUCCAUGUCGAGGUCUCGCAUGGGGCUGGGCCUGACGGGGCUCGGCUCGGCCCAGGACCUGGGCACGGAGAGCAACGGGGAGACCACCAACGGCCUGGGGCUGGCGGACCUGUACUACAACUCGCGGCCCGAGCGCGGGAUGGACCGCAGCUCCAGCGCCAUGUGGUCCUACCAGCCGCCGCCCACCCCCGUCAUCACGGAGCAGCCCCGCCCGCAGCACUUCCAGCCCUACGACCGGGGCUACCCCAAGACCCUCGAGUCCCUGGCGGAGAAGGUGCAUGCGUUCUACGCCGGCCCUCAGCCCCCGCCCGCCGCGGGGUCCCGCCGCAUGUCCGCGGGCCCCGCCCCCCUGCGCCACUACUACGGCCGGGCGAUGCCCCGCUCGGGCAGCGACCAGCACCUGCCCCGCAUCGAGUACGACCACCCGGGCCGGCAGCCGCCUCGCUCAACGCUCCGGUCCAGCCUCAAGCCCGCCGGCUACUCCCCCAGGUACCGGGCCGGCGACCCGACGACGCCCCAGCGCCAGCCGUUCACCGCCGGGACGCUCUCCCGGAGGCACCGCCCCUCGCUGGACUACGCAUCCGACACAGAGGCCACCUGCGCGUCCUCCCCCCGCUCCUCCUACUACUACUACAGGCAAGGCAUGAUGGCGGCGUCCACCCCCUCGCGCACCCCGACCCUGCCUCGCCCCCACGCGGGCCCCGGGGCGCCUCCCGCCGCCCUGGGCUCCUCGCUGUCGGCCGGCCUGCGGUCCAACUCCCUCCCCCGCGACCACCGCGGCCGCAGCCACCCGCCCGCGCAGGCCCGCCACCACGGGGUCCGCUUCGAGAGGGAGGCCCGCGGCGCGGGGACCCGCCCCCUGGACCAGGAGGACAGCGACGGGGCCGUGAGCGCCCCCGAGCUGCCCGUCACCAGGAAGGACCGAGGAAGAAUUCCGUCUUCUCCGAGCGUGUUCACUGCAGACGAGUACCGUGCCUGGCUCCAGAGAACCCCGUCCACCAACGCCAUCUACGAGCGCAUCAGAGCGAGCAGGGACGCACUGCAGACCCAGCGAGCGACCCGGUUCACCUACAGUGCGGAGAACUUGCUGGACAGGACGAGAGAGGAAUCUCCGUACUACUCGUACCGGCCGCACCUGACCAGCACUCUGGACCGGCACCAGUUCUCGUCCCGCUCCGGCACCGGCACAGCCGCCAGUCGCACCAGCUCCAUGAGGCGGAUGCGACACCUGCUGGACUUCGAGUCCAGGCACAUUCCCAACCCGUCGCCGACAAAAACACACGACCCGAGAGCCAGGUUGCUCGAGAUAAACCCAGCAGAGUUCCUCAAGUACAAGAUGGACAAGCCGCCAGGCAGCCUGGGCGACGUUGGCCCGGUCGUGGGGGCGGGCGUCAGCGGGCUACUGUGGGUGCACCUGCUGGCCGGGCGGGGACUGCGCCCCACGGGGUCCUCCUCCGUCGCAGGGACGCCUUCCACCCCCUCGGGACCCCCGCCCAUCGGUAACACGGGCCUGCGGGACUUGUACUGCGUGCUGGAGUGCGACCGGGUCCACAAGGCGAGGACCGUGGUGCGCACCGGGGACCUGGUGUUCGACUGGGACGAGACCUUCGAGCUGGACCUCGUGGACAACCGAGAGCUGGACCUGCUCAUAUACUCCUGGGACCCCCAGUAUAGGCACAAGCUCUGUUAUAAGGGCUCGGUUCACCUAGCAUCGUUGCUCCGGGAGUCGCCCAUCCACCAGCUGGCCGUGAAGAUCGAGCCCCGCGGCACCUUGUACCUGCGCCUGCGCCACACCGGCCCCCGGGAGACGUUCCGGCGCCGCGGGCCGGCCGCGCUGGGCCUGCUGGGCCGGCCGGCGCCCGCGGGGGCCCUGUUCGGGGCGGAGCUGGAGGCCGUGGUGACGCGGGAGAGCGUGACGGGCGGGGUUCCCGGGGGCGUGGCCACCUCGGUGACGCUCGCCACCCAGGCCGCCGCGCCCGUCCCCCUCAUCGUGAGGAAGUGCGUGGAUGAGGUGGAGAGGCGGGGCCUCGAUAUCAUAGGUGGUUUAUAUAGGUUAUGUGGUUCUGCAACUAAGAAGAGAAUUCUCAGAGAAGCAUUUGAACGAAAUGCUCGCACUGUGGAUCUCUCUCCUGACAAUGUUCCUGAUAUCAACGUCAUUACAGGUGUGCUCAAAGACUACCUUCGAGAGCUGCCGGAGCCGCUGUUCACAAAGUGUCUCUACCAGAUGAUGGUGGACGCGCUCAGCGUCUGUCUGCCCGACGAUCCCGAGGGCAACGCCAAGCUCAUGUUCUCCAUCCUGGACUGCCUUCCUAAAGUCAAUAGGUGUACGCUGAUCUUCCUGCUGGACCACUUGGCGCUGGUGGUGUCGCAGUCUGAGCGCAACAAGAUGUCGCCCCAGAACCUGGCCAUCUGCUUCGGCCCGGUGCUCAUGCUGCAGAGCGAGGAGGGGAAGGAGCUGGACUUCAACAAGCCCAUUGGCGUGCUCAAGUACCUCUUGCAGAUAUGGCCUACAAAGUCAGUUCGGGAGCUCAUAGCACCUUCCAUCCAGCCUACUCGUAUCCCUCCCGGCCCGAUCGCCUCGGUGACCACAACGAAGGUGCCAGCCCCGGUUACGAGUACCGGCGGUGGAGGAUGGACUCUGGGGCAUCGUGGGGGACGGGCCAGCUCCACGGUGGCUUCCCGGACCCGCGAUGGCCCUGCGGGGCCGCCGCCGCAGCGGGUGGUGGUCUCAUCUCCAGAGUCUCCGACGAGUGAGGAGUCGUCGCCGUCGCCGUCUCCCGAGUCGGAGAUCAACAAGCAACUCACCCUCGCCUCGACGCUGAGGAAGGGCGCCGGCAGAGGGGCCCUGCUGCCCUCGUCCGGGGGCAAGCUCCUGAGCCCCGGGGACCUCCAGGAGGGGGAAGCGGACGACCCGCAGCAGAUCCAGACCCCCACGUCGUCCACCACCACCGAGGACUCGAGAAAGGAAACCGCCGGGCGCGAAGCGGACGGGGAGGCCAGUGACGACGAGAAGGAGGGCAUGGAAGACGUGAUGCACACGACCACCGAAGAGGAGUAGAGAAGUAAUCUAACACACGUGCGUGUAGCACGGCCCUUGAGCCCUCGAUGUGCUUGCCCGCCAAGUGUUCGAGUACGUGGAAACACUCGAGCAGUUUGUUAGACUAGGUCUAGGAUCAAAAAUGUUUGAGCAAUUUAUGUUGAAAUUAUUUUGUUUCACCGACACAGGAAAUGAAUAUGCCGUUAAAUACACCAUGAAUGUUUAUUUAUGAUUUAUUUAAUGUCAGGACCGUCAUGUGCACAAAAAUUAGCAUAACUAAGUUUCUUGUUGUUUCAAAAAUACAUUUUACGUCAGAUAUCUGUAAUGGAACUAAAAAUUAUGUAUACCAGAAUAUUUCAAAUCUGUAUGGCUAAGAAUAUAUUUAAAAAGUAAUAACAAUUUAGUGUUAAAAAGUCCACGAAAUACCAAUUUCAAGAUAAAAAAUAUAUACAGAGAUCACAAUAUAAAUGUUUUUCUUGCACCUGUUUAGGUAUUUUUUUUAACAUUUUGCAAUCACUUACCCUAUUUUGGUGACCUGUGUUAAGUGUUCAUCCUUUAAAGUCAAUGUUUCAUCUCUAGUCUGUGCCAAGCAGUUAAGAUUUUAAUUAUACAUAUUAAUUUUGAUUCUGCAUGUCAUCGACAAAAUCAUUAAGAGAUAGAGACAUAAAAUAAAAUUCAGAGGAAUUGGGGAAGGCAUCGGCCAUGGCUUAUAGCAAAGACCCAUCCCAGUAUUUGCCUGGAGUGAGUUUAGGAAACCGUGAAAUCCAAAACCAGGAUGUACCCACGUCCUUUCAAAAAAUACAAGUCCGGUGUUUUACUGAUACACCUCCUCGCUCGAUCUUAGCAGUUAAUUAACUACUGGAGAAUAUAAUUUGUCUUUCACGUCAUUCAUUUAAACAAAGUUAAUCAGAUCUCAGAGUGGAGAGUAUGGGUCUUAUUUACACUAUUUGGUAUUACCAACUAUUAUUUCUCUUUUAAGACAUUCUUAUGUGUUGUUUCAAUUUUGUAUACACAUGCCAUAAGCAUUCAUUGAUUUGGUAUCAAAAAAUAAAGUAGUUUUGAUGUCAACACCAUUAUAAUUUCACUUGACUUCAGGUUGAAUAUUUCUGUUGCAUGAGUAUGACUUGAGAACAAAAUAAACUAUGCUUAACAGCUUAACAGUCA